AUGAACCUUCAAGUUCAACAGUUUAUGUUCUCGUUAUCUUUAUUAUUACUACUAGUUUCAUUCAUAGGAGUCGAAUCGUCGAACGAUCAUUUCAUCAGCAACAGAAUAAAAAGAGGUUCAUCUCUUUCUCCCAACGGUACUAGGUAUUGGCUUUCUGAUUCAGGUAACAUUGCUUUUGGUUUCUACCCGUUACCAUGUACAAGUUCUUCAAUAACCACCUGUAUUGAUCAGUAUGUCGUCGGUAUAUGGUUCGUUAACUCACCACAUAAAACACUAGUUUGGACUGCUAAUCGUGAUGAUCCUCCGUUAUCCAACUUGUAUUCGCUUAUCAUCACCGAAGAAGGGAAUUUCUUAUUGCGGGCAGACAAUAAAGAUAAACCACUAAUAGACGUGCAUCGGCAUAUUCAACCGGUGUCAUACGCAAAGAUGCAUGACAAUGGUUACUUCGUUUUAUAUAAUGCGGAAUCUCAAAUUAUAUGGGAAAGUUUUGAUUAUCCGACUGACACUAUUCUCGGCGGCCAAGUGUUAAAAGAUGAUGUUGAUAUGGUGUCUGGUGUUUCUUUGUUCAACCCGGGUUCUGGCGAGUAUAAGCAGUGA